CUAUGUUAUUUGUUUGAACGAACUUUUACUGAGCCUACUAGUAUUUUUAUCUUCUAUCCUGUAUAAUGUUUUUAUUAAAGUUGCUUUAUCACUACCUUUUUGUGCCUCAUACAAAAACCAACAAAGGAGCGUAUGAUUCUGCUUCUUCAUUAGUUUAAUAUUUUUUAGCAUCAAAGUCUUUUUGUUAUUUUUAACAAGGCUUAAUUAAAGGGGUUUGUUUCACUUGUUCUACUAUUUUUGACUUAAAAUGACUAAAUACCUUAGUUAACUAAUUUUGAUUACUUGUCGGUAAUGCUUACUGUUGUUUAGGAUAAAUUAGAAACAGAAUUCUAAACUUAAUCUUAAGGCUUAGAGUAUUAUUAAUUUUGAU